UGACAAGGAGAAGAAGAACUCCGACGCCCAUCUUCACCGGAGCUUCCGUAGGGCCAUUAUACCACGUUUUAUUGGUCACUGACUGAUCACUUUUUAAACCCAUUGACUAUAAUGUGACAUAUUUCUUAUAUUUCGGACAUUAUAAUCGGGACAGUGGGAUUCAUACAGCUGACGAAGGCUGAAUAAAGCAGCUGAACAGCAGCAGCAACAGUCGUCAGCCAGCCAUGGAGGAAAAGGAGACAGCAGAGGAGCUACUGGUGAAGCAGCACCGGAAGGAGAAGAAAGACCUGCAGGCUAAGAUCCAGGGUAUGAAAAAUGCUGUCCCCAAAAAUGACAAGAAGAGGAGGAAACAGCUGACGGAGGAGAUCGCCAAAUUAGAGUCAGAUCUCAGUCAGAAACACGACGAGGAACUGAAGCAGCUGAAUGCUACAGAUGAAACAAUGGUGGAGGAGGUACUGAACGGUGUGGAGGCCUUAAAAGUGGAAGCUGGAGAACCAGAAGAGGCUAAACAGCCACGAGUAACUAAAGCACAGAAAAGAAGAGACAAGAAGGCUGCGCAGGAGAAGGAGAGGGAGAGCAGGAUAGCGGAGGCAGAGGUGCAGAACCUGCAGGGCAUGAGGCACCAGGAGGGUCUAAAGCUGGCCCAGAAACUUGCCCAGCACCAGCUUCAGAUCAAGGAGAUUUCAUCUGACGGACACUGCAUGUACCGCGCCAUUGAAGACCAGCUGGCACAGAGAGUAAAGCCCGAGUUAAAGAUGAGCGUAAAGGAGCUGCGGUCCCGCACUGCUGAGCACAUGAGAAAUAACACUGACGACUUCCUGCCGUUUCUCACUAACCCCGACACUGGGGACUUGUUUACAGCGGAUGAGUUUGAGAAAUACUGCAAUGAUGUGGAGCAAACCGCAGCUUGGGGCGGGCAGCUGGAACUUCGAGCUUUGACUCGGGUGCUAAAUCUGCCAAUAGAGGUGAUUCAGGCCGACUCCCCAACAAUCAGGAUUGGAGAGGAAUAUGAUGGUGAAAUCCUCACUCUUGUAUAUAUGCGUCAUGCCUACGGUCUAGGAGAGCACUACAACAGUGUGGAGCGGCUGAAGGAUCCAACCAGUGCUGAAGACACCUGAGACACAGUCCCACCUCUGCGAUAGAAAUAAAUGUCUUUAUUUAAGAGAGAGCAAAACAAGA